CUUCUCUGCUUUACCUUGCUUUCGCUUCUUUCUUCUCUCUACAUCACCGUCUUCUUCACCGAGAGAGAGAGAGAGAGAGAGAGAGAGAGAGAGAGAGAGAGUCUGCAACUUCCGACGGCGAAUGGCGGCGGCGAAGAGCCUUGUCUGCGUGAGCGGGGCGGUGCUCCUGAUGCUGUUCAUCGGAGCAACAAUCAUGGGAAUGUCUCCGUACCGGAAUGUGGAAAUGGAGAAGAUGCUGCAGAGCUCGAGCAACUCGUCAAUGGCCGCGAGCUCGGAGGCGGCGGCGGACCACUCGAGCCGCCGGCAUGCGGUGGAAGAUCCGGAGGAAAUUGCUUCCAUGGUGGAAAUGAGCAUCCGCAAUAGCACCGAGAGGCGUAAAUUGGGUUAUUUCUCAUGUGGAACUGGUAAUCCCAUUGAUGACUGUUGGCGGUGCGAUCGCAACUGGCACAAGAAUCGCAAGCGCCUGGCCAACUGCGGCAUUGGCUUUGGUCGCAAUGCCAUUGGCGGCCGUGACGGGCGGUUCUAUGUCGUCACCGACCCGAGCGACGAUGACCCUGUCAACCCAAGGCCAGGCACCUUGCGCCAUGCUGUGAUCCAGGACAAGCCGCUCUGGAUUGUCUUCAAGCGGGACAUGGUCAUAGUGUUGAAGCAAGAGCUGAUCAUGAACAGCUUCAAGACCAUCGAUGGCCGCGGUGCCAAUGUCCACAUUGCCAAUGGAGCAUGCAUCACCAUUCAAUUCGUCACCAACAUUAUUAUUCACGGUCUUCACAUCCAUGACUGCAAGCCCACUGGCAAUGCCUUGGUCAGGAGCUCGCCAACUCAUUAUGGCUGGAGGACUAUGGCCGAUGGCGACGGUGUAUCCAUUUUCGGGUCGAGCCAUAUCUGGGUGGAUCAUAAUUCACUCUCCAAAUGUGCCGAUGGCCUUGUGGAUGCUAUCAUGGGCUCAACAUCCAUUACCAUAUCCAACAACCACCUCACCCACCAUAAUGAGGUGAUGCUGUUGGGCCAUAGUGAUUCUUACACAAGAGACAAGCAAAUGCAGGUGACUAUCGCUUACAACCAUUUUGGGGAGGGCCUCAUCCAGAGAAUGCCAAGGUGUAGACAUGGUUAUUUCCAUGUGGUGAACAAUGACUACACGCACUGGGAAAUGUAUGCAAUUGGUGGUAGUGCCAGCCCCACUAUCAACAGCCAGGGCAACAGAUAUGCAGCUCCGUCCAACCCACAUGCGAAGGAGGUGACUAAAAGGGUGGAUACAGCAACAAGCCAGUGGAAGGGCUGGAAUUGGAGGUCAGAGGGAGACCUGUUGCUUAAUGGUGCCUACUUCACUCCAUCAGGAGCCGGAGCCUCCGCGAGCUAUGCUCGUGCUUCAAGCCUCGGAGCCAAGUCCUCCUCCAUGGUCGGCUCCAUCACUUCUGGUGCCGGCGCUCUUUCCUGCCGCCGCGGCCAGCAGUGCUAAUAGCGACUGAAGUGGCCUCAAAAUGGGGGUCAAUUUUCCCUAUCGAUUGAUUUCCACAAUUCGCAGUAUAAUAUAAUAUAUUCCCUACCACAUCCAUUGUUUUCACAUACCCCAUCUACGUGAUUUGGCAAGUGUACAAAUUCUACACAUUGUCAUGAUAUAUCACCCAAAUUCCUACCCCACUUUCAAUUUCCCCUGUUUUCAGGUUUUCCAUCUGUUUCCAACCUCGGCCUGCUUUGAAUCAACAAAACCACAGCCAUACUUAGAAGCAGGUGCGGAAGCGUUGUUGAUUUGUUAUCUUCCUUUUCCCUGAUUCGUGUCAUCCACCCAGUUCAUCGUCCCCAUCUUCUUCCUAACCAUCAUCAUUCAAACCAGUCAAUUUGUGUGUCUCUCACCGUCAGUGUCGUCGGUUUCUUACAUAUUUUCUUGCCAUUUGAGUCUAUAGGUUCCGGACGAUUCCCGAAUUUGUGUUUACCUUCUUUUUGUCUUAGCAAUACGGGCGAUUAGUACGAAUGUGAAACCUCGAGUCCUGGAAAGACUUUCUGUUACAGUUGAUGCAUAGAAAUAGCAGUGUUGUUUCCUUGGCUUUCUUUUUUCUC